CGUUGCGUCUGAUCGCUGCAACUACCGUAUACAUACCGCGCCUCGGAUGAUCUGGUCAUGAUUCCCGUCAUCAGAAGCGGUUGGUGCCGAAGCAAACAGACACGAACACCCAGCGCAUAUCCCGUCAUCGCACAGUCAAAUCGAUCUUGUCACAGCACUCCACGCUCCCACACAAUGAGCGCCUCAACCGCACUCGACACUCUGCCCAUCUCCCUUCCAGAAGGGCUGGGCAGGGAUGAGCUUCAAUCCUUCAAGCCCUUCAAGGUGCCAAAAGUAUUCCAUAGAUUAUGGCAACCCCUCGCUGACCUUGCAACAGAGCUGGAUAGAAACGCUCAACAACUCCCUCUCCCUUCAGUCCCAAAAGGCCCACCCCUUUCACGCAGACCCGUACGCGUUGCGCUCCGUGACCGUGCAGUCGUUCGACCGCUUUGGAGGCUCCCGCCUGGGCUUCAUCAAGCUCUCGGCGACCGUCUCCAACUCCGCCUCAGAGACCCUCCCGGCGGCCGCCCUCCUGCGUGGCCCCAGCGUCGCCAUGCUCGUGAUGCUGGUCCCCGACGACCUUCCGGCGUCCUCGGACGAGCGCUAUGCCGUCUUGACCGUGCAGCCGCGAGUCCCCGCGGGCAGCUUGAGCUUCGUUGAGCUGCCGGCCGGCAUGGUUGAUGACGCGGGAAGCUUCAAGGGCGCGGCCGCCAAGGAGAUGGAGGAGGAGCUGGGCAUCACAAUCCACGAGGACGAGCUGGUGUGCCUGAGCGAGCUGGCGGCAAUUCCAGAGGCGGAUGGUAUCAACGAAGGGCUUCCAUCGGCAAUGUACCCCAGCGCAGGAGGAUGCGACGAGCACAUCACCAUAUACAGCUACGAGCGACGAAUCCCGCGACACCAACUGCGCGAAUGGAGCGGACGUCUGACAGGGCUGCGCGAUCACGGGGAGAAGAUUACCCUCAAAGUCGUUCCAAUGAAGGACCUGUGGUGGGAAGGGGCACGAGAUGCCAAGGCACUUGCGGCGCUUGCGUUGUGGGAAGGGUUGCGGCGGGAGGGCAAGGUCUAGACGUCUAUAUUCUAUCAAGAUGUACCCACCGUUAUGCUGGGUGGCGUACGGAUCAGAG